AUGAUUGAAAUUGGAUCACCAUUGUGUAACACAGCUAGAAACUUUCUAAUGUCUAAUGUUGAAAUUGUUCAUCCAGAAUAACCAUAAGAUAUUUCCUCUUUAAGAGAAUCUGAAAAUGAGUUUGAAAAGUAGUUUAGAUUAUCAUCAGCACCUCACAUCUCGAAGGCACAAUUUAAAAGAAAUGUUUAUUUAUUUGUAUUCUAUUAUAGGAAAAUCAGAAAACUAAAUAAUCUCUCUUUUCAUUGAUCAAAAUAUAGUAGUUAGUUAUUAGAUUCAUAAAAAAUUUAAAGAAAAGUGCUAAUCUAAGCUCAAUAUUUCCAAAAUCAUUGUAUAUAGAUUAUUUAUUACGUUCUGCCUACAAAGGAAAUUAUGCAGGUUAAUAGAAUUCAAAGGUUACAAUAUUGAAACUAAAAAUCAAAAUAAUUUGGGAGGUAUUGUUAUAUCUAAUAAAUUUUUUAUUAAUUUUAUUACUACCUUUUGAUAUUGAAAUAAAUAAGGAUUAGAUAAUGAAGUUGAACUUUUGCAUUUUUACAUUAGAGAUGGGGAUUAAGUUUAUUUAGCCAUUUUAUUUUGAAGGUAGAUUGAGAAGAGAUAGAUACGAAAUUAUAAAAAAUUAUCUAUAAACUGGAUUCAUUGUAGAUUUCAUUAGAGUGGGAACAAUAUUAUCUCAUAUUUUAGAGAUUCCAGAUAGAAUAGAAAUUGAGAUAGCAAAGAGUUUAAUCUUAUAUAUAAUAUCAUUAUCAAAGUUGCAUUUGAAAUUUAUAAGCACAAACUACUGUUUUGUAAAAUUUACAGAAUUAUUAUUUUUGGUAAUAUUUAUAUGCCACUUUUUUACUCAAUAAAUAUUUUAUUCAGAGGAGAAUCAUUAUCUGUUUAGGUUUGGUUUAAGUUUGGAUAUUUUUUUAAGCAAUUCUUUAAUUAGAUUUUAAGAAGAAGAAAUCUAUUAACUAUUAAAUAUACUUUAUGAAACAGUAUCAUUUAUAGUUAAGAUUUACAUAUUAUAAUAGAUAAUAAGUUAUUGUUUGAUAAAUUAAGAGAUAAUAAAAAAGAAAAAGGAAUUAUUCGAUUUACAUGGAUAUUUGAAAUAGUUAAAUGUUUCAAGUUUGAUUUCGAAUAGAGUAAUUUCUUAUUAUAAAACAAUAAUGAAAUAAGAUGAGAAAAUAAAGAUGUAAGAUUUUCAUAUAUUUUUUGGUUAAAAAUUGAAACCAAAUUUAGCUUAGGAAUUGAAAUUGUAGAUAUAAGGAAGUAUUCUUAAAAAUUUUAAGAUAUUUAAUAAAUUUACAGUAUAAACAAUAAAGAAUUUGGUAUGUAAUAUGGAGGAGGUAGAUUAUAGUCCAAAUGAAUAGAUUUAUAAUAAAGAUGAAUUGGAUGAUUAAUCAAUAUAUUUUAUAACAUAAGGGAAGGUGAUGAUAAUGUACGGAAAGAAUGAAUUAUAGAUUUAUCAUGAGAAUUCUUAAUUUGGAGAGAUAAGUUUUUUUACAGGAUUGCCUAGAAGUUUUAGAGCAAUAAGUUUGGGAUAUUCAAGAUUAUAUAAAAUAAAGAGAGUUGCGUAUUUGAAUAUAGUUAGUAGUAUAAAUUAAGAUUUGGUAAAAAUAAUGAUAAAUUUAGAGGAAACAGCUUAGAUGAUAAAAGACUAAAUAAUAUUUUAAUAAAGAUAUGAUAUAAUAGGAAGGAAAUGUUUAUGUUGUUAAGAUCAUAAUCAUUUAAUAUAAGAAUGUCAAUAUCUUCAUUAUAAGCCAGAUAGAGAUAUAAUAUUGAGUAAAUUCCUCUAUCCAGUAAGGAUGUAAAGAAGUAAAAGUAAUAAAAUGUAUAUGAUUUUGAAUUAGUUUAGAGAAAGAGAUUACGAUAUCAGAAUGUGUUAAUAAAUUAAUAUUUAAAUCAUAUGAGAGCUUAAGAGUUUUAGGAGAACAAUGAUUUAAAUAAUUUAGAAGAACAAUCAGAGAAUUAUUUGAUUGAUCCAUAAUCAUCAUCUUUUUCAGGUGAGUUUAAGAUGAAACAUUCUUUAUUGUCUCCUGAUCCAAUUAUUGCUCUACAAUCGAAUCAUAAAAAGACAAUAGAUUCUGAAGAACAUUAUAGGAAAAAUAGAUAACCAUUUAUUCAUCCUAUUCCUGAAUAUAGUGAUGAAAUUUAAUCAUUAGCUUCAUCUGAAAUAAUAGCACCUUAAUAGGUAGAAAACAAAUCAGAAGAACAUCAUUUCAGAAUAAUUUAAAAGUAAGUAAAACCUAAAGGUGAUUUAUUAAAAUCUUAAGGAAGUUAACUUAGUAGAUCUAUUUCUUAAUAAUUACUAUAAUAAAGAUCAAGAUCGUAAUCAUAGAAUGUAUUAGACAUUUCAUAAAUUCAAGUCAAUAAAAAAUAAAUGGUUAGAUCAUUCUCUUAAAUGAGUUAUGAAGAUAAAACCUUUCAUAAAUAGAAAUCAAAAAGAACCAGCACUUCUCAAUUAAAUGGUUAAUCUUUAAUCUAAUUAUUCUAAAAUGAUUUAGUAUACAUAAUAUAUUAUUUAUAUAGAAUCCAAUAUUGAUGGAUUUCAUUCAAAUCCAUUUAGAUAGAGGAUGCAAUUUUAUGACUUAUUUACCAUAAAAUAAUAUGAAAAUAGUAUUACGUCAAAAUAAAUAUGUGUCUAUUUAAAAGAGAAGCAAUUAUACUUUAAAUUAUGAAAUUAGUAAGAAAUUGAGAAAGGUAAUAGGAAUGUGA